AUGCCGCCAGCCAAGUCCAAGACGAGCCACGACGACGCAAAGUCGGAGACGGCGAGCGUCAAAAACCAGAAUGGCCACGGUUCGAACAAUCACCACCAGACGAACGGCAAGCUGCGGCGUGUUGCGAGCUCUACAGGAUCGCAGCUCCGAGAUGUAACCUCCGUCAACGGCAACGGCUCGACGACUGCGCCAGCAGCACCCGUGUCACAACCCACAACCGCUCCAGGGCUCCAAUGGUCCACGUUUGAUCGAGACGUCCUGCACGACUACCGCCGCGAACACCGCCUCGACACCCCGACCGCCUUUGCCAACUCGUAUCACCAGUGGGUGCUCUCACGACCGGGCAUUGGCCUACGGUCGCCCACCAUGGCGCGGAAACAAGAAUACCGGCGGCAGAGCAAGGACGACCUCGCGAAAGUGGUGCGGAAACAUUUCAACGGCGUGGGCAUCCAGGAGAACGACGCCAUUGUCGGGUUUCUGCACAAGGUUAGAAACCCCGGCGUUGUCAAGAGGCGGAACAAGAACGCACCGCACUCGACCCCUCUGCCUUGA